AUGGCUAUCAACGCUGUGGGGGUGUAUUCUGUGCAGACUGCAUCAGUUUCAUUUGCGAACCGCCCAUCCCAUCACUACACUACCGACAUGAAAUUCUUUAUCGUUCUCGUUGUCAUCGCCUUGGUGGCUCCCUCAUUUGCUGAAUCUGAAGAAAAGAAAAUCGAGAAGAGAGGCCUCCUUCUCUCUGGUGGUCUGGGAGGUGGUUUAGGUCAUGGAGGACUUAGUUUAGGAGGUCAUGGAGGACAUAGUGGCGGUUUGUUGCAAAGUGCUCCAAUAAUCAGCAAGGCUAUUCCCAUCUCUAGUGGACUUCAUGGAGGACAUGGUUUUUCUGGAGGGCUUGGUCUUUCUAGUGGACAUGGUCUUUCCGGAGGACUUGGCCUUUCCGGUGGACAUGGUCUUUCCGGUGGACAUGGUCUUUCCGGUGGACAUGGUCUUUCCGGAGGUUACGGAUGGUGA